AUGGCUCAGUACGGCAGCCCCGGUCCCCUCGGCAUGGCCGCGCGAGAGGAGCUGUACAGCAAAGUCACCCCCCGGAGGAACCGCCAGCAGCGCCCGGGCACCAUCAAGCAUGGAUCGGCGCUGGACGUGCUGCUCUCCAUGGGGUUCCCCCGAGCCCGCGCACAAAAAGCUUUGGCAUCCACAGGAGGAAGAAGUGUUCAGGCAGCAUGUGACUGGUUAUUCUCCCAUGUCGGGGACCCCUUCCUGGACGAUCCCCUGCCCCGGGAGUACGUCCUCUACCUCCGCCCCACUGGCCCCUUAGCACAGAAGCUUUCCGACUUUUGGCAGCAGUCGAAGCAGAUCUGCGGGAAGAACAAGGCUCACAACAUCUUCCCCCACAUCACCCUCUGCCAGUUCUUCAUGUGUGAGGACAGCAAGGUGGAUGCCCUGGGGGAAGUCCUGCAGGCCACCGUCAGUCGCUGGAAAUGUAAGUUCUGCGCCCCGCUGCCCCUGGAGCUCUACACCUCCUCCAACUUCAUUGGUCUCUUCGUGAAGGAGGAGAGCGCCGAGGUCCUCAAGAAGUUUGCCGCUGACUUUGCUGCGGAGGCUGCGUCCAAAACCGAAGUACACGUGGAACCUCAUAAGAAGCAGCUGCAUGUGACCCUGGCUUACCACUUCCAAGCCAACCAUCUCCCCACCCUAGAGAAACUAGCCCAGAAUAUCGAUGUCAAAUUAGGAUGCGACUGGGUGGCUACCAUAUUUUCUCGGGAUAUCCGGUUUGCUAACCAUGAGACAUUACAGGUCAUCUACCCCUACACCCCACAGAACGACGACGAGCUGGAGCUGGUCCCUGGGGACUUCAUCUUCAUGUCUCCCAUGGAGCAGACCAGCACCAGCGAGGGCUGGAUCUACGGCACAUCCUUAACCACCGGCUGUUCUGGACUCCUGCCUGAGAAUUACAUCACCAAGGCUGACGAAUGCAGCACCUGGAUAUUCCAUGGUUCUCAUUCGAUCUUAAAUACAUCGUCUUCCAACUCUCUCACGUUUGGUGAUGGCAUCUUGGAGAGGCGGCAGUAUGAGGACCAGGGACUAGGGGAGACGACUCCCCUCACCAUCAUCUGCCAGCCCAUGCAGCCUCUGAGAGUCAACAGCCAGCCUGGCCCUCAAAAGCGACGCCUCUUUGUCUGUCGGCAUGGUGAGAGGAUGGAUGUGGUAUUUGGGAAGUACUGGCUAUCCCAGUGCUUUGAUGCCAAAGGUCGCUACAUACGCACCAACCUGAACAUGCCUCAUAGCUUACCUCAGCGGAGCGGGGGCUUCCGGGAUUACGAGAAAGAUGCCCCAAUCACUGUGUUUGGGUGUAUGCAAGCAAGGCUCGUGGGUGAGGCCUUAUUAGAGAGUAACACCCUUAUUGAUCACGUCUACUGCUCCCCAUCGCUGCGCUGCGUUCAGACUGCACACAACAUCCUGAAAGGUUUACAACAAGAAAAUCUCUUGAAGAUCCGUGUGGAGCCUGGCUUAUUCGAGUGGACAAAAUGGGUUGCUGGGAACACGUUGCCUGCCUGGAUCCCUCCGUCAGAGUUGGCUGCAGCCAGCCUGAGUGUGGAUACAACCUACAGACCUCACAUUCCAGUCAGCAAAUUAGUGGUUUCAGAAUCCUAUGACACUUACAUCAGUAGAAGUUUCCAAGUAACAAAAGAAAUAAUAAGUGAAUGUAAAAGUAAAGGAAAUAACAUCCUGAUUGUGGCCCAUGCAUCUUCCCUGGAAGCAUGUACAUGCCAGCUUCAGGGACUGUCACCUCAGAACUCCAAGGACUUUGUACAAAUGGUCCGAAAGAUCCCAUACUUGGGGUUUUGUUCCUGUGAAGAGCUAGGAGAAACUGGAAUAUGGCAGCUGACAGAUCCACCCAUCCUUCCUCUCACCCAUGGCCCAACUGGAGGCUUCAACUGGAGAGAGACCUUGCUACAAGAAUAAACCACACACGUGGUGGAGAAGAAAAGGCCUUUGGAAAGCCAGUUGCAGACGUGUCUUUUUUUGUGUGCUUAGUAAUAGUGGAAAAAUCCACGCCACAUUCUAAGCAGACAGCUCAGAAUAAUUUAGCAUAUUUCCUUUCAUGCUUAAAGUUCGUAUGAUGAGACCGUGUGAAUGAAAGAAAGACAUGAUUCAGGGAUAAAAUGCAUUUUCUCUGGACUCUUGUGUAGCUAACUAGGCUUUGGAGAAUUUUCUUCUUAAAUCGGGGCACCUCCUGCAGCAGAGGAUGUUUUCUCCCUCCUGGCAAUGGAUGGAUAAGGAGCCUCGCUCUUCCCAAGGGAGCUUCCAGUCCUCUUUUAAGGAAGGCUGCAAAAGGAAAGAGGAUGCCCUAUUCCAGCCGUGGGACACUGAGCUGCCAUUUGGGGGAAGGGGUUUUCUUUCUCACCCCACUUUCUGAGGAAUCCUUUCAAAGUUACUAGAACAUACGCCCAUGCAGAGAGUUAUUCUUAGAUUACAUAUCAAAUUCUACCCUCCCUCUUACCCAUACACCGGUGUUGCUGGCUCAAGACCCCUGCCUGAGGACUUUAAAUAUUCACCCUGUUUCCGCCACAUUUCCUUUAGAGUGUCUGGUCCUUCUUGCCACCACCUUUCUCCCUUGCUUCUAUCUGAGAAAUGGGGAGAUGAAGAAUUGCUCUCCAAAGCACUUUUGGAUACUCAGGAGGAAGAUAAGAUAAAUGUGUGAGGUUUUCAAUUAUAGGCGCAAAGAAUUUGCAAAAUAUAAAGUGAUUUGGAACUGUCCAUUUUGCAGCCUAAUGAGUGGCAGGCAGCAUGUCCAAAUCACCAUGGUUUGCUUGUCUUUGUGCCAAAAGCCUAGACUGUCUUAAUUAGUUAGGGAUGUCAACAUUUGAAGGGAUGGGGCUAGAUACAUUAUUCGGGUCAGGAAAGCAGUUCUUUCUGUGCAAUAUGUGCAUCUUUACACACCAAGAGUCAGGCUGUUGUACCUUCACAGUCCACGUCAAACACACAGGACAGCCACAGACUGAAGUCAGGGAACUACUUUAAAUGAUGACAGGCACGACCGCACUGCCUACCUGUGCUGUCGUCAUCGUUUUUUGUCUAUGGCAAUUUAAAAUAUGUAGGUAGGGCUACUUAAGGAAAGUUAGGAGUGCCGCAUCAUGUGGUUUCUCAUCAUACGUGCUUCCUGAGUUUAGAGGGAGUUUAUUUAAAAGAAAAAUAAAUGACAAUCAAACCAAAAGCAUCAGUUAUCCAUGUUUAUUUAAUCGUGUGAUUAGUUUACCGGUGACUGCUGCAAAUUUGUACACAAUGGCUUUGUAUGGAGUAGGUCCCUCCAUAGCAUCUGUGUGCCAAGUGAAAUCCCAGCCAUUUCAAGGGAAGAUUAGUUAGUGUGAAACAACCCUAUACACGUUGUGGCAUUUGAGUAAGUUUCAAGACCCAGAUGCAUAAAACAUAUGGUGUAUAAAAAUAGGUCGAUGCUGCUAUUUGAAACUGGAAUCUGAUGGCCCCCGGAAGGAGGAAGCAAAAGGAUGACAGCUAUGCCUCUUAAUCAGCGAAAGAAUCGUAGUUCUGCUCUUUAAAAUAACUUGGGGAAAUGUCAUUAAUUUUUUUUAUUUCUUCUGGCAUUGCCCAAACAGUGAUCAACUUCUUGGCAUAGAAAUAACCAAAUAUUUUAACAUUGACAUAAAUAUUUUAAUGUUAAGGUGUCUGGGAGGUGGGGGCAGACACUCCCAUUAAAGGUUUUAUGAGAAAAGUUA